AAACAGUGAAAUGCAGUUAGAUAUUUUCAAUUAGCUUUGGUGCUCGUUCGUGAUAAUAUGUACAGGCAAGUGAAAAUGAUGUUCUGCCGAUCUAUGCUCAUCAUUGUAAUCGCUGCUGCCAAUCUUAGUCAGACUACACGCUUUCCCAAGUUCCAGUAUAAGUGUUCGGAGUAUAAUGUUGGUCUAAUCGAGCAAAAAGAAAUAUGGUCAGAUUUAAAGAAAAUUUGUGAAUCAUCAGGUGGUUAUCUUGCAAGCUUCACAACUGUCGAUGAAUUUGACGCCGUACUCGAUUACAUAAGAAAUAAUUACCCAGACGGAAUGUAUGAGAUCGGCUUAUCUCGGCAAGCGGGUUUGGAUCGGAAUGUUGAUGCAAACUGGAAGUGGGAAACAGGAGAGGAGUUUCGUUCUUCUAUUCAAUGGGGAGGUUCAGAUCCUGAUUUGAGCAGUUCCAAACAAUGUGGGGCUAGGAUCGAAAUGACCACUGGUUUACUCUGGGAUAUUCCUGCUACCAAUAAAAAUCCCAAUGCCAAAUCGGAAGGAUACAUUUGUGAAUAUGAUUCACUGUAUUUUCAAUCUGUGAAGAAUCGUGGAGUCACUAUGGAUGCUUCGUACAUGAGAUGUGCGCUGCGGUGUCUGCGACCUGUCUCUUAUACACAUCUAGAUGUGUAUAAGAGACAGCAUUAG